GGCGCGCUCACUUUGACCCGUGACUUUUAUUUUCUCCUGUGGGCUGGAGACAAGUCUCCUGCCAGUGAGUAGAGAGAGGGAGGAGGAGUAGCGGUCUCAGUCAUGAACUCCCUCUCGGGGAGUGUUUUUCAUCAACGGUGGGGCUCAACUCGGAGAAGAAAGAGCGUUUUAACCCCAAACUCUUCCCUCCCCGUCAUUCCAGACGCGCCGAGCCGAGCGCGCUGGCUGCGCUGGGACGCCUCUGAGAGUAAACGCCCCGCCCCGCUUUUCCACCGUCUCCAUCAAAGUUGACUCUGGAGGUCUUCAGGCAAGUAUGAUUCGCCUUUGAGCAAAUAAGCUUUUCUCUGGAAACUUGUGCUGCCGCUGCCUCAGAGGGCCGCUGGAUUAGGACGCUGAGCCUCACCGUCCCCGAUGGUGUCGCGCUGCGGCUGUGAGUUUAAAGGGCGCUUCUCUAAACGCGGGGAUGCUGCUGCUCCGGCGUAGGAGCUGCACGGCUCCGGUGCUUCUGCUGGCUUUGGCCGCGCUCUUCUUCUACCACACCUCCACGGUGGAGCGGCCGCAGGUCAGAGACGCUCAACGGCGCCAGAGGAACAAGUCUGUGAUGGACAGGAGAUACGGCGUGCUGCCCCUGGAGCCCGAGCAGCUUCACUCUCUGCUGGAAGUGUACAGGUCUAAGAGGAAUUGUGCAGGGAAGGCCAUUGUGUUGACAGGUCAGCACAUAGCGUCCAGUACGGAGGUUCAGUUGUAUCAGAGGGUUCUCCGGGAGGAAGGCUACCGUGUGGACCAGGAACGCUAUGCUGAGACAAACUCAGGCAUUCGACAUAAUGGCAGAGAUGGUCAGGAGUUGUCUGUUCUCAUAUGUCUGAAGGGCUCUGAAAAAAGUUGCCUCCGAAAAAUCAAUUUUGCCCAUCCACAGCCUUAUCAGAGGGUCAACGUUAUACCAGCAUUUGUUGGAGCUUUUUUGGACAUGGGUGGAGUCUGUCGAUUUCUGACGCAUAGCUGUUUGGCAGGAGUAUCAUUACCUAUAAUUCCUUCUGCUUGUGCCUUCUCCAGACAAGGAACUGGAGGAACCGAAGAAGACUGGAAUCUACUCACCCAGCCCAGCUCUUUAGCUAGCCAGGGCCUAGUUGCCGUAGUGAAUGUGUAUGUCUUGGUCAGUUCAGCGACACCCCUCACUGCAUUCCUUCACCAAACAGGUCUGGUCAAAACUCACCUGGAUAAAAACAGUUACGCUACCAAGCUGCUGGAAUUCUUUUGUGAGAAGCUGGGUCACACACUGGCUCUGAAGGCCUUUGAACUCAUGAAGCAGGUCAUCAGUGAGGUGCUGACUGCUGCUGUUCUUACCACAGCAUCCAGCUCACCACCCAGGUGUCCACUGUGCUUUCAGCUGCUGACGUUCACUGUUCACUACAAUGCCUCUGUUCAUCCUGUGGUAAUCAUGAUACAAACUGACUUGCACUUUGAUAGUAUGAAGGAUCCAAACUUGGAUGGACAGGUCACCAAAGAAUAUGUGUUAGAAGAUAUGCUGAGACUGCUGUUUCCAGAAUGCAGAAAUGAUGACGAGGGGCCCCGCAGUACUUGGGAUUCAACUAAAGUUAAGUACAGUGGCUGUGAAUGGCUGAACGGUUUGUGCCUGUCCCUGGAAGAAAUGCAGUUACUGCUUCAGUUUCAUCAGCAACUAAAGGGAUCUGACAACUUUCACCUGCUGCACCCCAGAUCAUCUCAUUUCUCCGAUCUCAAGCAUGAUCUCAUUCAGAGGUUCCCUGUUGCAAAGGAUGAUGGGAAGGGACAGAGUCUUUCAGUCCUGCUUGAACAACUCAGCUCCUACUACACAGAAAGAAACCACACAGAUAGCAGUGAUGACCCAGCCAGCCUGGGACACAAGUCACAUUCAGACACAUCAGAUUCAGACAGAUGUGUGGAUCCCCAUCUCCGGCAGCUGUACACAGAUCCUCCGCUGGUUCUGUCUCCAGCCUUUAACCCCUGGGUGAAAGAGUACCGAGCUGACGUUCUAUUUGAUACAAUCACAAUAUGGAUUAGGCCAGAACCUAAAAGUGCACGAUGUCACAUUCACCUGGACGAACACCGUGGACCCAGAAUGGCAAACUACCCAGUUGGCCUGGGCAACAGCCGAAUCAACAUUUUGGUCGUAGACGAAUCGGGGGUUGAGCCUGUCGUGAUGACAGUAUACACUUUGCACAUAUUCCGGGAGAGUCGUCCCAGUCUGCCAAUGUUUGACGAGUAUAUGAUGUGUGGCUUUGUACAGGACUGUGGCUUGAUGGUCAGACCUGACCUGCCCUGCGGCCUAGAACCCAUUGCUGGACUAAAGUCUUCAGGCAAACCUCUGGCAACAGCACAACCUUGCUCUUCAGGGGAUGAGACCGGGCGCUGGGUGGUGCCAUGCUUAAGCUGUUCGGACAACAGGACAUGUGAUUGGAGGGAAAUUGCUUGGCAGCCAGACAGCUGUUAUCACCCUGUGUUGGAGCAGCCUCUGUUGCAGACAUGUAUGAUGAACAAGAAGGUCCUGUUCAUCGGUGACUCUACUAACCGGGGGAUGAUGUACUAUCUGAUGGAGCGAGUGAACACUACGUUGGAGGACUGGGACAAGGCCCAUGACACCAUCGUCUACCGCAACCUGAACCAGGGCAGAACACUCAUCAGCUACUCCUACUACCCACAAUUCUGGCUACACAAGAGUCAGAGACCCACCUUCCAGAGAGCCCUGCAACAGCUCUUAGAGAGGUCGCGACCUCUGGAAAACUCCCCUCAGACAGUGCUGGUUGUUGGAGGGGUCCAGUGGCUUAGCCUGGACCAUCUGAAGACUUUACAGAAGGUCCUGGAGAGAGAGAAGCUACAGAAUAUUAUGGUGGUGGUAAAGUCUUUAGGAAUGGGCUUCCAUCUUCCAGUGGAUGGCAUUCGCUCUCUCUCUCUGUCUGGAGUGCAGGAGCUGUAUGACAUAAACAAGAAGAUUCUGGAAAGUGCCAGGCGCCUUGGAUAUGAAGUGAUCGACACUUUCAGCAUCACCAUGGGCCGCUAUAAAGAGUUCCUGCAGGGGCGCUGUGCCUGCCAUUUUCAUGAGGUUCAUAGACUAUUGAUUCCCACAGUUCCGGUCCACCGAAGACUGCAGAUAGUGAGGCCUGCUGGAGAGAGUGUGAGUGACACUAGCACACAGCUGGCAUCUGCACAGCAGCAAGAGUUGUGGUCUCAACCCUCCUCAUCCUACCAUGUGAAGGGAGCAGUGAACCAAGUGUAUUCUGAGAUUCUGCUCAGCAGACUGUGUGUGCCUUAUGUCCACAAUGGGACCAAAAGCCAGCACUGAGGGUACUGCCUGUGUCCAUCCAGUGAGAAAGUGUAUAUUUAGCAUAUGUAUAAUUGCAUGAAAUUCAGUCUCUGCAGUUUAGUCGUAAUGCUAAGGGCUGUGUGUAUAUGUGUGUGCGUGCGUAUGUGUGUGUGUGUGUGUGCAUGUGUGCAUAUUGAGGGGUCCAAAAUGACUUAAGCAGCUGUGGCUUAAGGACAGCCAGUGGCUGGAGUGUGUUGCUGAUCAAAACUGUGAGACGACUGCCCAGUCCACUCAAACAGCCACGCUCGAACCUUUCUGCAGCAUUCCCACUGCACUGCCACUGCUGUGUCACAAUACGCGGUGUUCCCAAGAUGUUUUUGGAGACGUUUCAUGGUUGUCACGGAGUGCCUUUGAUGUCAUCACAUUGUCACUUUUAUGGAAGCUCGGGUGACUUUUUGAAGUUGAGCUUUUAAACCCCCAGCCUUCACCAACCUCCUUUACAAGUGCUGAGGAAAUUUUAUGCCAAAGGUCUUAUGAAGGUUAUGCUGUUUUUAUACAAUCUUAAGUAUGCCUCACAUCUCUAUACCCCAUAUAUUUUUCUACAGAUAUGAUUUAUUUCCAGGCCUUUGACGGGCGCUGUAAAAUAAUCAGUGUAAGAUAUUUUGCACAAGCUCUUAACGAUAAAAGAAUGUUACUGAUGUUGAAUUUUGAUCCUAUGUAUUUCUUUUUUUAACCUCCUUUCCUCUGGUACGCUGGAAUGCACCGCCAGUUUUGUUUUCUUAGCAUUUAAGGAGACGUGGACUUCUUCAACUUUAUUGAUCUGAAAAAGAUCUUGCAAUGAGAUUAUGGAAAAUGCAAUAUCCCAAAAACUAUUCCUUUCCUAUCCAGAUACUAAGCUAAGCACGGUAAGGCCAUGAAUGUUCUGUGUAACUGGUGAAAGCCUGUGCUAUGUCCCCCAACUCUCACUCCUGGACCCUGCAGCUCCUUGUGCCUUGGGAUCACACACCUGGGGACUGAACGCAAAAGGAGUGUAUAACAUGUAAAAGUGUUUAAUGAGCUGGACUCUGUGCCAAAUGCUUUUUUUAAUGUUUAUUUUAGUCUGUCCAAAAGGACAAGCCUAUAUGAAACCUAUCUGAAAAGCAAGUACAGAAAACUAUAUAUAAAGUAUAUUUUCUUACUGUAAAA